AUGGAAGGACUCAAACUUCCCAUGGCGACAUUCUCGCCAUUAUACACUGACUUUAAACACUUUAUUAAAAAUGACUCAAACUCGUCGUUUCUCGCUGGUGGAAUAGCAGGAGCUGUUUCGAGAACGGUAGUAUCGCCAUUUGAGCGUGCUAAAAUUUUGUUGCAAUUACAGGGUCCUGGAGCGGACCAAGCCUAUCAAGGGAUGUUCCCCACAAUAGCAAGGAUGUAUCGUGAAGAAGGUUGGCGAGGGCUUUUCCGGGGCAAUACACUCAACUGCAUAAGAAUCUUUCCUUAUAGCGCCGUGCAAUUUGCAGUGUUUGAGAAUUGUAAGGACUUGAUUUUGAAGUAUAGGCGACAUCAGUAUCCAAAUGACUUGAGUGUGCAAAGAAACAAUGAAUUGAAUGGGUAUGAGAGAUUGUUUUCCGGUUCCAUUGCUGGGAUUGUGUCUGUUGCAGUAACUUAUCCAUUGGACUUGGUGCGAGCUAGAAUCACUGUGCAAACUGCAUCGUUAAAUAAGCUUGAUAAAGGUAAACUAGCCGAAGCGCCAACAGUCAUGCAAACAUUGAAAGAAGUUUACCAAAAUGAAGGUGGGUUCCUAGCUUUAUAUCGUGGUAUCAUCCCUACUACGUUAGGAGUUGCCCCAUACGUUGCCAUAAAUUUCGCAUUGUAUGAGAAACUCAGAGAGUAUAUGAACAAUUCACCAAGAGAUUUUUCAAACCCAAUAUGGAAGCUUUCAGCUGGUGCUUUCAGCAGUUUUGUUGGUGGUGUCUUGAUUUAUCCUUUGGAUGUGCUAAGAAAAAGGUAUCAGGUUGCAAGCAUGGCUGGAGGAGAAUUGGGGUUCCAGUAUAGGUCAGUGAGCCAUGCUCUAUACUCUAUCUUUAAAAAUGAAGGCUUUUUUGGAGCUUACAAGGGGUUGACGGCUAAUUUGUACAAAAUAGUUCCCUCCAUGGCUGUUAGUUGGUUAUGCUAUGAUACAAUUCGAGAUUGGAUAAAACAUUGGUAA